AGGGAGAGAGCGUGUGCAGCAGACCGAGCGUCAUGUGACGUGUGCUCAAUGCCUCAUGAAUAAGCGCUGCAACAUUUCUUUUCUCUGCGUGCCAGCGCGUGUGGGCUCAGUGUGGUUCGGCUGCGACCUCUCAGAGCUUUGUUUCUCUCAUGAUGUGGACAGAAAAGCAAAGGCUGCCUUGUAUCGGACACAUUGGCUGUUGUUUCACAUGAUUUGGGGUCAGGGGGUUGUUCUGGAAGGAGUGUAUUUGAGGUAAACCUAUUUGACCAAACAUGUCAGCGCCGAGUCCGCCGACCCAUCUCACAGAAAGCGCUGAACUCUGCCCAACCUGGCUGUGGACUCACUAAGUUCCCUGCUGUCUCUGAUCCGUACCUGGGUUUGAUUCCGGACUCAUGCGAGACUGAGCAGAAGCAGAACCAUGUCGGAGACCCUGCAGCUGCCCGCGCUGCAGAUCCAUGGUCCGGGAGAUGGAGAUUGCAAUGGGUUGGAGGGGAAUCCAGCACUGUCCAGCUCUCUCAGCCCGUCUUUGCGGCGCAAGCGCUUUAAAAUGCGACGUAUGAAGAAUGUCAUGAGCGAGAAGGAACAGCUUCAGCGAUCCGGCUCCAAGGAGUACCUGCAGCUUCCGUCCAUUGAGAUCACACCAUCCAGCGACGAAGAUGCGGCGUGGUCCAGCUGUUCCACCCCCAGCACCUCUCCCCAACGCAGACGCUUCCUCCUGCGCAAGUGGCUGCGGGGAGGCGACAAAAAAGAGCAUGGCAGUGAAAGCAGCAGUCAGCAGAGCAGCCUGCAGAGCAGUCAUGAGGAGGAAUCCACACGCUACUUGAGUCCCAACACCCGCGAGGACAGCACUGCAAGUAACUCGAACCGCAGCACGCCGGCCUGUUCACCCGACCUGCGUAAACGCUCGCGCUCCCCAACGCACCAGAGUCCGGAGGGAGAGAACAUGGUAGAAAAAAGCUCCGAUCAUUCCUCAGACAAGUCCCCGUCCACCCCUGAACAAGCUGUCCAGCGCACCUACAGCCAGUUGCUUCACACCACCCGUCCCACGGGCAAGAACUCAAAGUCACUCAAGAGACUGUCUAAAAAAAGUCAAAGCUGGUAUAACGUUUUGAGCCCCACAUAUAAGCAGCGGAAUGAAGACUUCAGGAAGCUCUUUAAGCAGCUGCCUGAUACGGAGCGUCUCAUCGUGGACUACUCCUGUGCCCUGCAGAGAGAUAUUCUCCUCCAGGGUCGCCUCUACCUCUCCGAGAACUGGAUCUGUUUCUAUAGCAACAUCUUCCGCUGGGAAACGCUGCUGACCAUAAGGUUGAAAGACGUCUGCUCCAUGACGAAAGAAAAGACGGCUAGACUCAUACCCAAUGCCAUCCAGCUUUGCACAGACAGUGAGAAGCACUUUUUUACCUCAUUUGGGGCAAGAGAUCGGACAUACAUGAUGAUGUUCAGACUCUGGCAGAACGCUCUCUUGGACAAGCCAUUAUGUCCCAAAGAGCUGUGGCAUUUUGUCCAUCAGUGUUACGGGAAUGAACUCGGUCUAACCAGUGACGAUGAGGAUUAUGUGCCUCCUGAUGAUGACUUCAACACCAUGGGCUGUUGCCCAUCUCCCUGGUGCAGGUACUGUGAGGAGAUUCCCCCCGAAGACAACGAGGCCAAUGACAACUGCCCCAAAAACUGCCCCCCGGAUGCCAAAAUGGACAUCAGCCCGCAGCUCCACAGGAAAGUUUUCCCCAAUAACAGCCUGAAUUCCACGGACAGCACAGAAGCACCGGUCAAUUUUGAUGUGCCCCCGGUGGAGGAGUAUACUGGCUGUGCCCCAGAAGACCUCCUGCCCCUGCCUUUACCUGACAACAAGCUGUCAGAAACAAGUGUUCCUGCCCCUGUCUCCGCCCCUUCCCCCGCCCCCUCCCUUGACUUCAAUGACAACGAGGACCUGCCCACCGAGCUCAGCGACUCUUCCGAAACACAUGACGAGGCAGGUGAAGUGCAGGCCUUCCAGGAGGAUUUGAAUGGGAAGCUGUACAUUAAUGAAGUGUAUAAGUUCAGCGUGGACAAACUCUAUGACAUCCUCUUCACAGAAUCCCAAUUCAUGAGGGACUUCCUGGAGCAGAGACGCUUCUCAGGUGUGGUCUAUCACCCCUGGAUGAAAGAGGAAGCUGGCAAUCAGACCAGAGAGAUCAUGUAUACCAUCUCUCUCUCCAACCCACUGGCCCCAAAGACAGCCACAGUCACAGAGACACAGACUCUGCACAGGGCCAGUCAGGUGAGCGAGUGCUACAUCAUCGACGCUGAGGUGAUCACACACGACGUCCCGUAUCACGACUACUUUUACACACUCAACCGGUACAUGCUCACCAGGGUCGCCAAGAACAAGUGCCGUUUGAGGGUGUCGGCUGAACUGCGCUUCAGGAAGCACCCAUGGGGGCUGGUCAAGGGUUUCAUUGAGAGAAACUUCUGGAGUGGUCUGGACGAAUAUUUCAGGUAUUUAGAGCUGGAGUUGAGUAAAGUACCGCUGCUACUCUCUGAACAUCACGCACAGUCUCCCAAAUCGAAAGCGUUACGCACGGCCACGGCGAGGCGUCGGAAGAGACCCCUGAGACAGCAGCACCUGGACCAGGCGCUCAGCCCCGUCACCACACCUGAGGAUGAGAAGAGCGUCGUCCAUCGCAUCAAACACGUGGCAGGAUCCACGCAAACCAGACACAUGCCGGUUCAGGGAUCUGAAGGUCUGGCUCUUUACAGCGUCUCCAAACUCCUGCUCAUCGUCAGCUCUGUUCUGGUGCUGCUGGUCUUUUUAAACAUCAUGCUGUUUUAUAAACUCUGGAUGCUGGAGUACACCGCUCAAACGCUGACCUCCUGGCACAAUCUCAGGUCUCAGGAAAGCAAACUUCCACAGACGCAGAUCGAAUGGGCCCAGCUUCUGGAAUCUCAGCAGCGUUACCAUGAGAACGAGCUGGAGAAAUGGAGAGAAAUCAUAAAAUCGUCAGUGCUGUUGUUAGACGAGAUGAGGGAGUCUCUGAUGAAGCUACAGAAAAGUGUCGGAUUAAGAGACUACGAAUCCGAGGCUGAAGCCAGGAAGAAUCAUUACCACUGACGAACGGAUUCCCGGCUCAGCGAACGCAAACAUCUCUCUUGAAGGAGAUUUGUUGAGCUGGGCCGGGUGGCGUGGGGCAAGUUAAGUGGGCGGCACGCUCACGACAGCAGUACCUGGAAGUGCAGUCAAUCUCUUCUGACAGCAGACACCAGACAUACUACGCUGUCACAGCUCUUUCAUCCUCACUUCUUCCUUUUCUGGAAUGUUACACAAAGAGCCAAAAUAGAAUGGCAUGCAGCGGUGCAAACCUGAUUGUGAAAUCUUAAUGAAGUAUUCCUCACACCCAGGGCUAAAACAAAGCGACUCUAUUGAAUCCUCAUUGCAAACGGACACGGGCUGGUUUAAAUACUUGAAAGACUGGAGCUGGUGUUCAAACGCAACAGCAUCCUUUUUUAAACCUCUUGAAGUCUUGGACCAGGUGAAAUUAUCAAAGCGUUGCUUGGGACAUGUAAACCUUUAUUUAUAAAUCUAAAUAUAUAUAUGGAACUGAAUGAUAUAUACGUGAAAUUAUAUGAUUUGUAAGUAGAGUUAUAUUUGUAAGAGGUUUCCAUGGAGAAUCAAGGCUGGCUCCUUGAUAGCUUGCGCCAUGGUGCAUCAGAUAUAUGCAACUGAUACUGUAUUUACUUUCCAGUGUGGAGGAGCGACUUUCCCUGAUUGGUUGAUUUGCAACUAGUCAUUGGCUGCAUUACAGUUUGCGUACUACUUUGCCGGUGAUAGGAAAGUAUAUACUUUAAUACACAAAGCUUGGACAAACUUGUUUUUAAAUUUACGGUGUCACAACUUCUGUUUCAUGCCAUCUUUAAAGGUCCAGUGUGUCAUUUUUUGGAGGAUCCAUCGACAGAAAUGCAAUAUAAUACACAUAACUAUGUCUUCAGAGGUGUAUAAAAACCUUACAUGAUGAAGCAUUAUGUUUUUAUCACCUUAGAGAAUGAGCUAUUUCUAUCUACAUACACCGCGGGUCCCCUUACAUGGAAUUCGCCAUGUUGUUUCUACAGUAGCCCUAAACGGACAAACUGCUCUACAGAGCGCGUUUCGUAAAUACGUUAUCUCCUUCGGGAAAGAAGCGAAAACUUGACAACAUCUUAGUCGUGUGUCAGCCACCCUAGUGCUUCGAAAGGGAGGGGGGGUGAGCCGUUGUUUGCAAUUCGCAACCUCACAACUAGAUGCCGCUAAAUUUCAUACUUGGACCUUUAAAAGCACUCCGAGUUGGCAUGCUUACUAUGAUUUGGCAUUGUGUACUAUUAAGGGUGGAUAGUUGGCAAAGUGUGAUACAGCCAUCAUGAGAUUCAAAGUUGUGGUCAAACCAAACCUCUCGCUCAGCGAUGGUUGGGGCGUGUCAGUGGUUAGUGAUGAAACUUUGACAGGUCCUCUCCAGCCAAUUGCAUCUAUUUGUGAAUGAGUUGUUUUAGGUACAUGAUUUUUUUGUUUUGCCUCAGGAAUUGAUGUCCUGCAGAGAGUUGUUAACAAUUUCAUAUUGCCAAUUUUUUUACGUGUUUUUGUUUCGAAGUCGUUCCAUGACUUUGUCCAUGUUGUAUGUUUGUGUUUUGAUGGCAAAUAUACUACACAUACUGCUCUGAUGUCAUAAGAACAUAUUUGAUGUGGCUUGUUCAGCAACUGAGCUGCACAGCUCGUGUUUUGAUCCUUUCUUAAACAGACCAGCAUUGGUUUUUUUAUGUCCAAACUGUGAAUUAUGUUAUGCUUGAAUUUACAAUAUGAAACUUAUCAGUAUUUAAACCUUUUGGAAAUACAGUUCAGUUACCUGAAAAAGAUCGAUUCAUAGGUGCCACAAGCAAAGUGUAAUAAAUAACAAAAUCACAGGCUCGAGUAGAGAAAGUAUUUACCUCCAACACGUUAAGCUGUGGUGCUCAUGUGGGCGAAUGAGAUGAGUCUUCACCUGCUGCCCUCUCUUUAGUACCUCUAUGGAUAAAAGAGUCAAAGAAGCUCAAGAAUAAAAUAAGAUGUGUUUUUACUGGACUGGAUCUACUUGCAAGGAUCAAUUUUAGUCUAAUAAUGAGUUGUAUACUCAACCCAUCUAAUAAUGUUUCCAUUUAUAGUUUUCCAUUUUACAAGCAAAUGUGUGUAUGUGUUUGUACCCCAGUGUAUGACUGAUGAAGAUUCUGGACUUCAGUUUUCUUUAUUCUGUUAGCAAGUCUUAGCCACAGUAUUUUUCAUUUAUUAUACAGCACCAAUGUGCAGCAGUAAAUGUGCAUUGUGUGUAUUUAUAGUCUGAUUGUUGAAGUAAUGGAGAUUUUUAUGACUGUUUUCAAUGUGUAAUGUUGAAGGCCACCGCAAUAGUGCCACAUUGUACGCUGUCAGGCGCUUAAAGGUCCAGUGUGUCAUUUUUGGAGGACAGAAAUGCAAUAUAAUACACAUAACUAUGUCUUCAGAGGUGUAUAAAGACGUUACAUAAUGAAGCGUUAUGUUUUUAUCACCUUAGAGAAUGAGCUAUUUCUAUCUACAUACAGUAUUCUCUUACAUGGAAUUCACCAUGUUGUUUCUACAGUAGCCCUAAACGGACAAACUGCUCUACAGAGCGCAUUUCAUAAGUACGUUAUCUCCUUCUGCAAAGAAGCGAAAACGUGACGACAUCUUAGUCCUGUGUCAGCCACUGUAGCGCUUCUAAAGGAGUGAGCUGUUUGUUGCAAUUCGUAACCUCGCCGCUAGAUGCCGCAAAAUUACAUAACUGGACCUUUAAACAAUGGUUGAUGGCUGUGACUGUUAUAGUCCAGACUAGUGUGAAAUGAUUGAUCUCAUUUUAAUUUCUAAAUGAUUUCAGCCAAAAAAACAGAAACAAGUGAAGUCAGGGGCAUGAAGUAGAAACCCACUGGAUUGUUUUUAACGUUUUUUACAUUCACUAAAACGAAAAUGUUCUUUCAACCCAUGAACUUCAUCAACAUAUAUAGUAAUAAACUGUAGAAGUGUUUUCAUUACAAGAAUGAGUUUUAAAAUGCUUUUAUUGUGACUUCACAAAAUGUAUAUACACAGAAGUAUACUGCGAUGUAUGUACAUGUCGUGUACAGUGCACUUCCUACAUGCGCUGGGCGCACUGACAAAACAUUCAGAAAAUAAUAUAUCCAACCAGUGUGUUGUCAAGAAAUAGGCGGAAUGAAUAAAAUUAUUUAAGAUAUUUUUCUCAUGAUGUUUGUUUUAU